AUGUCGUAUUCGAAAACAAAUGGUUCGAUACUCUUAUCUGACCUUAAUCAUAGUUCGACUAAUUUGAGUAGGUCUCCACCAAACCGCGAAGAUUCACCAACCAAUCCAUUAAAACGAAGCGUAAAAGAUAUGAAUGAUGGAAUACAGGAAGUCGAUGAAAAUUCACCAAAACCCAAGAAACCGGCUAUACAAUAUGAUUUUGACAAUCUAACUAAGCACAAAUUUACUAACAACAAAUGUAAAGUCAAGGAAGGUGAAUACAAUUAUAUGAAAGAAAAUCAAAACAUAGAUAGAAACGUCGGUACUUAA